UUCACAAAAUAACACAUUAUUUAGAUUGUUGCAACGAUUAACAAUAUUAUAUUGACAAUGAAUUACCGCCUUUAGUCUUUACAUGUAUUUGAACGUCUUGAUUCAUCUUCAUGGUAUAGUCAGCUGUUGUUGUUGCUAGCUAGCGAUAAUUUCGUAGCUAACGUUAGCUAUCUAGCUACCCAAAUGGUUCCUCCAGCUGCAACUAAUUAUUUUGAUGUUUCCAUCUAGCUUGCUAUCAAAUUGAGACAAAUGUAGCUAUGUAUGAGGGACCAUCUCUAUUUUGGACCGUUUUCAAGGACUGUCAAUCUGAAUUUAAAGUGCAGUUUUUUUUCUUCCAGUGGAACGUCUGUUACGUAACGUAAUUUGUUGCACUGUCAACACAGUUUGUACUUGCAAGAAACGUCUGGCCAAGGUGCAUUGGGAAAGGAUAGCCAGCUAGUUUGUAAACAAUGGCAACCAUGCGUCGUCCAAGGUACUCUCUCCGAGACUCUCUGUACUGGGAUGAGACUGAGUGCCUGACGUACUAUGGGAUGCUCUCUCUACACGAGAUGUUUGAAGUUGUCGGUUCUCAACUGACAGAGACAGACGUUGAGGUGCUGUCGUUCCUCUUGGAUGAGACCUAUCCGGCUGGAGGGCACCCCUUGGACCCAGCUGGCUGGACCAGCGAGCCCAGUGAGGAAGACCUUGAGGCCAGUAAAGGAGUCUCCCCCAGCCCAGUGCUCCUGGAGGCCUGGCGGCGGUUACAGCCCAAGGGUCCUGCCUUGGCCUGCCCUACUGCUGCCCGCCACAAGCCCAAGAGUGGUCUAGAACUGCUGCUGGAGCUGGAGAGACGUGGGUACCUCAGUGAGGGUAACCUGGAGCCCCUGUUGCAGCUGCUGCGAGUCCUGACACGACACGACCUCCUGGCUUUGGUGUCCCGCAAAAAAAGGAGGACAGUAUCACCAGAACGUUUCAGAGUGGACUACGGGACAGAGGACAGAAGACAGGUUUGCACAUCUGGACUGACUGACCCCUGUGCACAGACAGAAUCACAUGAUGAACACGCCACACAGCAAUGGAGGGGGGGUGUUGACUCUGCCAGGCCAAUGCCCGCCCCCCUACGGAAGAAGAGGGGUAAAGGCCGCCGCUGGACCAGCAAGCCCACCGCCCACAGGAGAAGAACGGGCAUCCCCGAAACGCCUCCCCCACCUAUACCUGAGAAAGUGACCUGCGACAUUCGUCUGCGUGUGCGAGCAGAAUACUGGGAGCAUGAGUCGGCUCUGCGCGGCGGGGUCUCCUCGGACAAGCAGCAGCCCCUGGAGCGGCAGUUUGAGCUGUUCAGUCGUGCCACCUCCGUGCUGCGCGCCCGCGACCUGGGCUCCAUCAUCUGCGACAUCAAGUUCUCAGAGCUGGACAACCUGGAGGCCUUCUGGGGGGACUAUCUGAGUGGAGCGCUGCUAGAGGCCCUGAAGGGGGUGUUCAUCACAGACUCUCUGCGGAGGGCGGCGGGGAGAGAGGGGGUCCGGCUGCUGAUCAGUGUGGACCAGGAUGACUACGAGGAGGGUCGCAGACUGCUGCUGGAUGCACAGGAACAACAGGCCGGCUGCUGGGGACGAAACAGACGCAACCUGAGAAAGCUGGUUAUGGACGUUCGGCUCUGACAGACAGACAGGCAGCUGUGCGAGGUCAUGAGCCCAAGGAUAGAGGAAUGAAAAGGAGAAUAAAACAUGAAGAGGAACAUUUUCUUUUUUCUCUCCUUUUUAAGUCUCUCAUGCUGAGAACAGAGAAUACAGCCACUCCUAGGUCAGGGGAAUAGUCCCCAGUGAAAACAGCCAAACUUGAAGUGAAGGCAAACUGGACUAAAAGACUUGACACACGGUUCUGUUUGGAAUUGAUAACACAAGUUGCACAGAGCCUAGAUGCCCUCACGGCACUGAGGAAGAGAGUGCCUCUGAGACACACAGAGAGAAACUAAACUUCCACUGUAACACACACACAAACUACCACUGUAUCUAACAUACACGCUCUGUAAAAUCAUCCACACGAUGAACCAUCAGCGCUGCCUGUAAGACUCAUUGAAGCCUAGAGACAUUUCUUGCUAACAGUGACAGCCCAGAUACCAACUAGACUGUGCGCUAAUGCUGAGAAUCUCUGGUUAUGUUUGAGGAGCGUGUGAGAUGCCCUGCAAGGCGAACUUCACCCGCCUAAAUAUUAGUUUGCGUUUCCAUUGAAAUGUAUGAUUUUGAAAAGAUGAGCGAGACUGCAGCUCUCAGACACUGAGGGAGAGAUGAUGGGAAAAUGAGAUUAUGUUUUGACCUUUUGGGAGAGAAUUAGAAAUAGAUGGCGAAGUGAAGACUACCUGAGGACAGUGUAGUGGACAAAUCGCUGGUCCUUCGAGAACUCCAGUCCACACACACACACACACACACACACACACCAUGAUUACAAGCCACUGGUAGUCCCAUCACUGUGCCAUGCUAACCCAGGGCCUGAUAGCUGUGGUCAGUGGCCAUCUCAUCUCAGAUGCCAGGAGAUGAUGGGAGUGAUUACCUCUCAACCUCAGCCAACCAUGGAGAACUCAUCACAUCACCACAAGUUGUUGAACAGCAGCUGGGAUAACACACACUAGGCUGUGCUCACCCCGGCUUCCAGCAAGGCCACUGCCUUUCCCAUUGGAACUGGAGCACAGGACAGUGCUUCAGUCAAUAAAACUGAUGUGGAGGAGAUCAAAAUCAGAAGGAUACAUCCUAGUUCCACUCAGUCCUGCCUUGUAGGCCCCACUAGAGUGGCUCACAGAGCGCUGUCUGUCUCUAGUCUAGUCACCCUGGUGGAACUAAUGCCUGAACUCCUCUGAGUGGGAUCAAUAACCCCCUCUGUCUCUCCACCACCACCGUGGGAGGAGAAGGAGUAAGGGGAAAGAGAGGAGAGGAAGAAGAAAGAGAGGAGAGGUAGGAGAAGAGGGAGAGGGGGGAAGGAUCCCCACCUCCAUCCCGCCUUUCAGCUCCUGGACAGCCGCCUCAUCCUCUGCAGGAUAAGUCUCCUGAUGCAACCAGGCUGCCUGGUCUGCUACAGCACUGUGUCUGGUUCACACAGCCCUAUGAGACCAGGGAUGGAGGCACUCAGGAAAACCUUAGUAGUGUUUUGCUUUUUCUGUGUUUUGGUAUAUGGAUUCGUUAGUGUAGCUUUGUAUUGUUCAUAAGAGAAAAUAACAAAAAUACUGUGUGUUCUAGUUCAUUAACUUAGGGUGAACUUUUGUUUAAGUAGCUGGAUAUUUUAUUUAGGCACUGCAAAAGUGCUGUAUAUUAGUUUAAUAUAUUAGUGGAAAGUUGGAAUUAUUUCAAAUAAAAAUAAAUGAUUUAUCAAAGGUUUAUUGCAUCUAUGAUGUAACCGUUUCUUCAGAACAUAUUCACACCCCUUGACUUUUUCCAUAUUUUGUUGUUACAGCCUGAAUUUUAAAUGUAUUAAAUUGAGAUGUGUCACUGGCCUACACACAAUAUCCCAUAAUGUCCAAGUGGGAUAAUGUUUUUACAAAUGUAUUACAAAUUAAAAGCGGAAAUGUCUUCAA